UGUAAAAUGAAUAGAAAACAAAAAGCUAUUAAGAAACUGAAGUCAAUAUGUUACUUAACAUUAGGCGGUUCCCUUUCCUAUCAAUUUAUAUACUUCAAAAAGGACUUCCAUGGAUAUUAUGAUAAUGUACUUAGUCCCCUGAGCCAAUGGAUCAGUCCCGAAUUAGCUCAUAAGAUUGGCGUUCUUGCUAUUAAAUACGGAAUAUUUCCCGCUGAAAACUACGAUGAUCCACAUGUUUUAAAAACAAAAUUUUUAUCUUAUGACCUAAGUAAUCCUGUUGGAAUUGCCGCUGGUUUUGACAAGCAUGGUGAUGCCAUUGUUGGUUUGAGAAAUUUAGGGUUUUCUGUUGUCGAAAUUGGAUCUAUAACACCAGAACCGCAACCGGGUAAUCCAAAGCCCAGAGUAUUCAGGUUGCCAGAGGACAAUGCAGUUAUAAAUAGAUAUGGUUUCAAUAGUGAAGGGCAUGAUAUUGUUUAUAAUAAAAUAAAACAUUUAGAUAAAGCACUUUUGAAUAAAGGUCUACUAGGAAUUAACCUAGGUAAAAAUAAACUCUCUGAUGAUGCUAUAAAUGAUUAUAAUUUAGGAAUAAAAAAGUUUAUUAAUAUUGCUGAUUACUUUGUCAUUAAUGUAAGCAGUCCAAACACUCCAGGCUUGAGGUCAUUGCAAAGUAAACAAGAGUUAAAAGAACUUCUUGUUGGUAUCAAUAAGACAAGGAAAGCUUUGCAAUCGGAAAAUAAUCCUCCCUUACUUUUAAAACUUGCACCAGAUUUAAGUUUGGAAGAGAUGAAGGAUAUUGUUGCAGUAAUAACACAAAAGGGAUCUGAAGUUCAGGGACUCAUCAUUUCCAAUACAACAAUUGAUAGAUCAUCAAUAAAAAAUAAACAGUUUUCUACUGAGGCAGGUGGUCUUAGCGGGAAGCCUCUUACCAAUAAGUCUACAGAAAUGAUUAAAACCAUGUACAAGUUAACUCAAGGUAAAAUACCAAUAAUAGGUGUUGGUGGAAUAUUUAGUGGUCAGGAUGCUUAUGAUAAGAUUUUAGCUGGUGCUAGCAUACUUCAAAUAUAUACAGCUUUAAUUUAUUACGGACCUCCCGUUAUUACUAGAAUAAAAAAAGAAUUAGCUGAAUUAUUGGAGAAAGAUGGCUACAGCAGUGUCAAUGAAGCAAUUGGUAAAAGCGCAAACUGAUAAAUAUUUUU